AUGCGUGGCCAGUGGCUGCUAUCAUUGGCGCUGGGCGCCUCUGGGGCCCAGGCUCUUCGCUAUGAAGAGAGAUAUGUCGACUGGAACCUGAAUAUGAACCAGGAGGCUGUAAAUCCAUUGGAUUAUUCCACCAACUACGACAACCACACAUACCAUCCUUCUCCCGACAAUUGGAGGUUCCCCUUCUACAGUUUCUUCAUGGAUCGAUUCGUUAAUGGAGAUCCAAGCAACGAUAAUAUCCGGAGUCAUAUCCAGAGAGAGAUUAAGCNNAACGGUACUGCGUGGGAACAUGACAUCUACGGUACUCAGCUUCGUCAUGGUGGUGACACUGCUGGCGUGCGUGAUACUCUCGACUAUCUUCAGGGAAUGGGCAUCAAAGGCAUUUACCUCGCCGGAAGUCUCUUGUACAACUUUCCCUGGUCAUCAGACAGUUACAGUCCCCUGCUGAUCAACGAUAUCCACUCGCGUGGCAUGUAUGUCCUGGUUGACAAUACCAUGGCGACCAUGAGCGAUGUUAUUGCCUUCGAAGGAUACUUCAACAGCAGUACCCCUUGGUCGUUCAAAGAGCACACUGCCGUCUGGAAAUCAAGUGAACGUUACUCAGACUGGGAGUUCAACAACGAAUGGCAUGAUGAGUGCCCAUACGAGUACCCUCGCUUCUGGGACCAGGGUGGCAACCGCAUUGAGGAUGGUAACAUCACCAAGAUGGUCGGGUGUAUGGACAGCGAGUUCGACCAAUAUGGCGAUGUUGGUGCCUUUGGCCAGUAUCCAGAAUGGCAAAAGCAACUGUCCAAGUUCAACAGCGUCCAAGAUCGUCUGAGAGACUGGCGGCCCUCCGUCCAGACCAAGCUCCAACACUUCAUGUGUAUGAUGCUCAAGGCCCUCGACUUCGAUGGUUUCCNNCGUAUCGACAAGGCCAUGCAAGUUACUGUCGACGGCCAAGGCAACUUCUCUCACGCCAUGCGCGAGUGUGCCUCGAGUAUUGGAAAAUACAAUUUCUUUAUUCCUGGCGAAAUUGUCAACGGAAAUGCUAACGGUGCCAUCUACUUGGGACGAGGCAAAGAACCAGGAAUGGCUGUCGAAAACAUUACCGAAGCUGCAACUACGAACUCGACUUAUAUUCGUGAUGAUCAACACCAAGCUCUGGAUGCCGGUGCUUUCCACUACACAAUCUACCGUGGCCUCAUGAGGUUCCUGGGGCUUGACGGUGAUCUUCUAGCCGCCGCUGAUGGUCCUGUGAAUUUUGUGGACGCGUGGCACGUCAUGGUCCAAACGAAUGACUUCGUCAAUGCAAACAACGGCAAGUUCGACCCUCGCCAUAUGUACGGUGUAUCGAAUCAGGAUGUUCUAAGAUGGCCUGGUCUCAUCAACGGUACUGAGAGGCAGGUUCUGGGAUCCUUUGUCAACACUCUCCUGGUUCCUGGUAUCACUAUGGUCUCCUGGGGCGAAGAACAACUUUUCUAUGUUCUCGACAACACUGCUGCCAACUAUAUCUACGGCAGACAAGCUAUGAGCUCGGCCCAAGCCUGGCAGAUGCAUGGCUGCUACAAGGUCGGCGAUGAGAACCUGAGCAAUUUCCCUGUGAACAGUUCGCUUGUUGGCUGUCAAGACGAUGCCGUGUCGUUGGAUCACCGCGACCCUACCCAUCCCAUGUACAACUACCUCAAGUCGGGACACGAGAUGAGAAGAAGAUACCCUGUGCUGAACGAUGGCUUUGACGUUCGUCAACUGUCCAAUCAGACCUUCGAGUACUAUUUGAAUGGUUCUUAUGGAGUUCCGACCGAAACAGGUAUCUGGAGUGUCUACCGUGGUGAGCUGGAAGGCGCACAGGAUCUCUCAGAUGCUGGCGGUUAUGGUAACCAACCUGUCUGGCUAGUCUAUAGCAACUACAACGGCUCCAGAAACUACACCUUUGACUGCAGCAGUACCAGCGGACAAGCUAUCAUCUCGCCCUAUGAUGCAGGUACCACGGUUAAGAACUUGUAUUACCCCUUCGACGAGAGAACACUCGAGCCUUCUACAGAGAAGCUUCACUUCAACGGAUCCACAGAGUACAAUGGUUGUCUACCAUGGCUUAAUAUGACCAAGUACGGUUACGCAGCCUUUGUCCCUAAGGACGUCUGGGAGGCGCCAUCCCCUUCGCUGACCAAGAUGAUACUCAACGACACCUUCAUCGGCCACGACUCGCGCAUCCUAGCAAGCAACGGAGACAAGGAGACAUUGACCCUGGAACUUCGUUUCUCAAGAGAGAUGGAUUGUGACUCUGUUCGUCAGUCAAUCAACAUCACAUCCACUACUGGUGAUGGAUCUGUAGCGGUCAUCGAUACCAGUAGUGUCGAUUGUCUGACUACCGAUCUCCUGGACGAGCCAUUGUUCUAUGGCGCGGUGCCCUCUNUCUGGAGGUACCGUACAACCAUUACGAACGUUGCUAACGGUAUUCAUACAAUUACUGUCAACAACGCCACUUCUGCUAGCAAGAACAGCUUCACUGGCUCCAAGGACCACCUGAUGUUCCGCAUUGGUCAAAUCGACAAUCCCAUGGUCUUCCCUUUCAAGGCAAACUACAGCUCAACACUGCUUUUCAGCAGCAACUCAAUCACAAAGCGUGCAUCUGAGACAUCCGGUACCCAGGAAGAUGCUUUCUACGUUCAGCACAAGGCUCCAGGUGCCGACAAAUGGCGAUACUCUCUUACCUGGGGUGCAGAAUGGUCCGAUUGGAUGGACUACCAGGGUGGCAACAGCACACUGGACAAGCAGACCUGGGCAGGUACCAAGAAACAGAAGUGGACUGGCGACCAUGUCAAAGUACAGUACUGGUCCAAGGCAGCGGGCAGUAGCGAUCAUCUCCAGGAGGGUGAUGUUUAUGGAUCUGCAGAGCACAUGCGUCGUUUCCCCCACUUCUUCGUCCAUGGCUCAUUCAACCAGUAUGGCUAUGAUUCUGGUCUCGACAACAAGAUGAAACUUGUUGGCAACAGUACUUGGGAAUACGACUUUAUGACCGAGUGGCCUUCCCAGUUCCAACUCAAUGUGUGGGGCAUGACUGAGGACGGCGUACCAGACGUCACCGCCGCAUUUGGUGAUAUUGACAACGACACUGUGCUUGAUCGCAUUGGCCCGACGUCUCUCGAGAUGUCUGUCGUCAACAUCACCAACCAUGGACCCGAAUCGCCCUUCCUUGCAUGGCGCAUCCACUUCAGUGAUGCCUCUUUCCGUUAUGCACUGAUCCCCGUUGGCAACCGCUGGAGACAGUUGGCUCUGUUUAUCUUGCUGGCAGUUAUACCUCCUGUCACGGCCUUUAUUGGUAUCUGGGCUUACCGCAAAGCCUUUUACGGAGUUAAGUUCAACCAAAUCGGCCUGGCAGAUCCUAAGUCUUUCAUCCCCGUUGCUAUCAGAAAUAAAUUCAGCAAAAGAGAGGUGUUGAACGAGAAGGAUGCAGGCAUGUCGUCUAGCUCCGAGACUGUUGGCGAUGUCGUCGUGGACAACGGCGGAAUAGUUACUGCUGGUGCGAUGGUCAAGCGCAGAACUGUCCUCAUCGGCACAAUGGAAUACGACAUCUCAGACUGGAACAUCAAAAUUAAGAUUGGAGGUCUCGGAGUCAUGGCCCAACUCAUGGGAAAGAACCUCCAGCAUCAGGAUCUGAUCUGGGUAGUACCCUGUGUUGGUGGUAUCGACUACCCUGUUGAUACCCCUGGCGAGCCGGUCGAUGUCACUAUCCUCGGCAAGGUCUAUGAAGUCCAAGUUCAGUACCACAAGCUUGAGAACAUCACUUAUAUGCUCCUGGACGCCCCUGUUUUCAGAAAACAAACAGCGAAAGAGCCCUACCCUGCUCGUAUGGACGACCUCGACUCCGCAAUCUACUACUCUGCCUGGAAUCAGUGUAUCGCUGAGGCGUGUCGUCGCUUCCCUAUCGAUCUUUACCACAUCAACGACUACCACGGCACCAUCGCUCCUCUUUACCUCCUGCCUCAGACUAUUCCAGUAUGUCUCUCACUUCACAACGCGGAGUUCCAGGGUCUCUGGCCGAUGAGAAACGCAAAGGAGAGAGCUGAGGUGUGUUCCGUCUACAACCUUUCCGAGUCUGUCGUUGCCAAAUACGUGCAAUUUGGUGAAAUUUUCAACCUGCUGCAUGCUGGCGCGAGCCUCCUUCGUAUCCACCAGAAGGGUUUCGGUGCUGUUGGUGUCAGUAAGAAGUACGGAAAACGUUCUUGGGCACGUUAUCCUAUCUUCUGGGGGCUCAGCAACAUUGGUGCUUUGCCUAACCCUGACCCUUCGGAUGUUGCGGCAUGGGACAAGAAGCUCGCUAACCCCAAGGACGCUGUUAUCGACGAGGUCUAUGAGUCUACCAGAGGCGGUCUCAGACGCCAAGCUCAGGAGUGGGCUGGCCUUGAGAUCAAGCCCGAUGCUGACCUGUUUGUCUUCGUUGGUCGCUGGAGUAUGCAANAGGGCAUCGAUCUGAUCGCUGAUGUCUUCCCGGCCAUCCUCGAGAAGAACCCCAACGUCCAGCUGCUCUGUGUCGGCCCUUGUAUCGAUCUUUACGGCAAAUUCGCCGCUCUGAAGCUGGAAAUCAUGAUGAAGAAGUAUCCUGGUCGUGUCUACUCCAAACCAGAGUUCACAGCUCUUCCGCCCUUCAUCUUCUCAGGCGCAGAAUUCGCUUUGAUCCCUUCUCGAGACGAACCUUUUGGAUUAGUCGCUGUCGAGUUCGGGCGCAAGGGUGCUCUCGGUGUUGGUUCGCGUGUUGGCGGUCUUGGGCAGAUGCCCGGCUGGUGGUACACGAUCGAGUCCCAGACUACCAAGCAUCAGAUGCACCAGUUCAAAAUGGCUAUCGAUGGCGCUCUGAAGUCGAAGUAUGAGACGAGAGCCAUCAUGCGCGCCAGAAGUAGCGUACAGCGCUUCCCUGUCGCACAGUGGAAGGAGGACCUCGAAAUCUUGCAGUCGAAGUCCAUCAAGAUUCACAACAAGCGUGUUGAGAAAAAACAGCGCAACGGCGGCAUGUCUGUUGCCACGACCCCCUGGGGCAGUGGCUACAACACCCCUAACUUGCCUGGUUGGAUGACUCCUAGUGGGUGGACCACCCCUGGCGCUAGUACACCGUGGGGUAGAGGCACACCUAACCCUAGCAGACCCUCUUCUCCUACUCGUGCAAGAGAUACUGCAGAUUCCUCACCGACAAUUUCUCGUGACAACUCACUGUCUCUUGGCACUCGUGCAGGCCCAGGCCAUGUCCAAACCAGGGCUCGCAGUUUCUCCGGAUCUCGUCCUGCUCUCUCCCGCAGAAACUCGGCUGAAGCAACUCAGAAUAGAAACCGCCUUUCAAGAAUCGAAGACGAGGAAGUCGCCAUUUCACGUGAAGAGGCACAGCAGGCCAAAGAACAAGCACAAGCAGAGGCUCGCUCCGGCUUCCCCUUCUUGAACCAAGAUCCAUUUGGUGCUAACACUCCCUAUACCUUCUCGCCUGCCGCUACUCCUGGAGUUGCUAGCCCCUCCGCAUCAUCACCAUUCUUGCCUUUCCCUCCUUCUCUGGGUCGAUCAGCGAUUGCCGAAUCCACUCUGACCGUUGACAAGGUCAUCGAGCAGAAGGAAGACAAAACACCUCAAGAUUUGCUUCCUUUCUUCACUGACAGUACUGGAUUGUACUACCGCACUUUCGAGCGCAAGCUUGAAGACCUCAGUGGAAAGAACUCGGAAUCUGCUUUGUGUAUUGAGGAAUACCUUGAGAAGUCUGAGAAGCAGUGGUUUAACCGUAUGCACGAGGUCAAGAUGGCUAGGGAGACUCCUGCAGCCACUCGUGCCAACUCACCCACUGGUCAGUUUAACAGCAACAACCUCGAUCCUGAGAAGGAGACCGCCGAUCAGUUCCUGCUGCCCCAGGACUAUCAAGCUCCUACCGGUGUCCGCCGCUUGAUGAUGUACAAGAUUGGUGACUGGCCUAUCUACUCUUUCUUCCNNCUUGCACUCGGUCAGAUCAUUGCUGCGAACAGCUACCAGAUUACCCUGCUCACUGGAGAAAUUGGUGAGGCUGCAAGCAAGCUCUACGUCGUUGCUUGUAUCUACCUCGGCGCUUCAUUGGUGUGGUGGUUUGUGUUCCGUCGUUUUGCUUUGAUCUACACUAUUGCGCUCCCCUGGUUCUUCUAUGGUUUUGCCUUCUUCCUGUUGGGUAUGGCUCCUUAUGCAGCUACUACCUCUGGACGUGGCUGGGUUCAAAACGUGGCUACCGGAUUCUACUCGUUUGCCAGUGCCGCAGGCUCCUUCUUCUUUGCACAAAACUUUGGUAGCACCGGAUCAGCACCUGUCAGGACCUGGGGCUUCCGUGCUUGCAUGAUUCAAGGAACUCAACAGCUUUACAUCGUUGGUCUAUGGUAUUGGGGCGACAAGCUCUCGGCACUCAGCGACAGCGGCCAAGGCGCGUCCACUUUGGUAACUUAUGGCUCUACCAUGACAGCGAUUGGCGUGCCGAUCGCCGUGUUCCUCUGGGCUGUUGGUAUCCUUCUUUGGCUCGGCUUGCCUGCCUUCUACCGUCAAGCACCCGGUGCAGUACCCUCCUUCUACACCGCUGUGAUGAGACGUAAGAUCAUCGUCUGGUUCUUCGUUGCAGUUUUCGUGCAAAACUACUUCCUCGCUUCCAUUUAUGGUCGCAACUGGAAGUACCUUUGGAGCUCCAAGCACGCACCCGGCUGGGCUAUCUUCCUCUUGAUCGUGCUCUUCUUUGUCAUCAUCUGGGCCUUGUUGCUAUGGUGGUUCUCACAACUGAGUACUACACACUCCUGGUACAUCCCUAUCUUCGCCAUCGGUCUGGGCGCACCCAGAUGGUGCCAGAUUCUGUGGAGUUGCAGUAACAUCGGCAUGUACUUGCCAUGGGCUGGCAGUCCCGUAGCCUCUGCACUCUUGGGCCGUGGUCUUUGGCUCUGGCUCGGUGUACUUGACUCUGUUCAAGGUAUCGGUUUCGGUAUGAUCCUGCUGCAAACCUUGACUCGCUUCCACAUCACAUUUACCCUUGUGGCCGCUCAAGUCAUCGGUUCCGUUGCAACUAUCCUAUCUAGAGCCACAGCUCCUGAUGCUACUGGUCCUGGUGACGUCUUCCCUGACUUCUCUGUCGAUUGGAAGAGCGGUCUCGCAAGCGCCGACUUCUGGAUCUGCCUGCUCUUCCAACUCGCAAUCUGCGUUGGUUUCUUCACCUUCUUCCGCAAAGAGCAGCUCUCCAAGCCCUAA